CGCGACUCAGGCCUGUGCUUAGGGGUCCGCCCUCUAUCGCAUAACAACAACAAAAACACAACCUACUCCGUUAGCCCGCUAGUUAGCUGUAGUAUCAGAGCAGGCCCGCUCCAGAGAGGAGGUGGGAGAACCGGGGGAAGAAGAGGAAGCUACCGACAAACACUGCAGAUAUUCUUAAUUCAAUGUCAUAACCCAGAGUGAGACGUUUCCAAACAGGAAGUUAAACAAGGACGUCGCCGUCUUGAGCUUCUCUGCCCUUCCAGUGGACUGAGCCUGUGAUUGAGUGAGAAGAAAGGAAACGAUUGGCUGGAAGAGAGCCAGACUCCUUCACUGGGGCUAUGGAGGAGGAGGGGCAGCAGAGCUUGGAGUGCAUCCAAGCCAAUCAGAUCUUCCCCAGGAAGCCCCCAGUCCUGGAGCAAGAUGACCUGCAGGUGCCCUACGCUGAGCUGCAUGGAGAGUUCACCCAGUAUGUGGGGAGAGCGGAGGACGCCAUCAUCGCCAUGUCCAGCUACCGGCUGCACAUCAAGUUCAAGGAGUCCAUCGUCAACGUUCCUCUCCAGUUGAUUGAGAGUGUGGAAUGUCGGGACAUGUUCCAGCUGCACAUCACCUGCAAGGACUGCAAAGUCGUAAGGUGCCAGUUCUCCACACUCGAGCAGUGUCAGGAAUGGCUGAAGCGUCUGGUGGCUGCGAUUAGACCUCCAGCCCACCUGGAGGAGCUGUUUGCCUUCGCCUACCACGCCUGGUGUGUGGACGUCUACACCGGAGAGAAGGAGCAGCACGGACAGCUCUGCAGGCCAGGCGAUCACGUGACCUCUCGCUUUCAGAGCGAAGUGGAGCGCAUGGGCUUCGACACUCAGAACGCCUGGAGGGUCUCCCACAUCAACAGCAAACACAAGCUGUGCCCCAGCUACCCUCAGCAGCUGCUGGUGCCCGCAUGGAUCACAGAUAAGGAGCUAGAGAACGUGGCCGCCUUCCGCUCCUGGAAGAGGAUCCCAGCUGUCGUCUACAGGCACCAGAGCACGGGUGCGGUGAUCGCACGCUGUGGUCAGCCGGAGGUGAGCUGGUGGGGGUGGCGGAACGCCGACGACGAGCACCUGGUCCAGUCCAUCGCCAAGGCCUGCGCAGUGGACGCCAGCGGCACACACAAGCCCCUCACACACAGCUCCUGCUCACGAGACCUCUCCAACGGCACCGACCUCUCCGACACCGACUUUGAGUCGUCCAUGACCAACAGCUCGGAGGUGGAGAGUCUGGCCAUCCAGCCUCAUAAGCUGCUGAUCCUGGACGCCCGCUCCUACGCCGCCGCAGUGGCCAACAGAGCCAAGGGAGGAGGCUGCGAAUGCCCAGAGUACUACCCCAACUGUGAGGUGGUGUUCAUGGGCAUGGCCAACAUCCAUUCCAUCCGCAAGAGUUUCCAGGCUCUUCGCUUCCUCUGCACACAGAUGCCUGAUCCAGCCAACUGGCUGUCUGCCCUGGAGAACACCAAGUGGCUGCAGCACCUGUCCCUGCUGCUGAAGGCGGCUCUGCUGGUGGUCAACGCCGUGGACCGAGACCACCGGCCCGUGCUCGUGCACUGCUCCGACGGCUGGGACCGCACGCCACAGAUCGCCGCCCUCGGCAAGAUCCUGCUGGACCCCUACUACCGCACCGUGGAGGGCUUCCAGGUGCUGGUGGAGACGGAGUGGCUGGACUUCGGCCACAAGUUCGCCGACCGCUGCGGCCACGGCGAGAACGUCGAGGACCUGAACGAGCGCUGCCCGGUCUUCCUGCAGUGGCUCGACUGCGUCCACCAGCUGCAGAGACAGUUCCCGUGCUCCUUCGAGUUCAACGAGGCCUUCCUGGUGAAGCUGGUGCAGCACACCUACUCGUGUCUGUACGGGACGUUCCUGUGCAACAGCGGUAAGGAGCGGGAGGAGCGUCUGAGCCAGGAGAAGACCUGCUCCGUGUGGUCGCUGCUGCGGCCCGCCAACAGAGCCUUCCGGAACAUGCUCUACUCCUCACACUCUGAGGCCGUAUUGCACCCUGUGUGCCACGUGCGGAACCUGUUGCUGUGGACGGCGGUGUACCUGCCCAGCUCCUUGCCCACCACGCCCUCGGACGACUCCUGUGCCCCCUACCCCAACCCCGAGGACCAGCCCCUGGGCAGGCGGUCAAAGACGCGGUCGUUUGACAACCUUCCGAGCGCGUGCGAGGUGUUUCCCAACCGCCGCUCGAGCGACCCCAGCCUGAACGAGAAGUGGCAGGAGCACCGGCGCUCCCUGGAGCUGAACAUCGGCGCCGGACCGGAGUCGGACCAGGACGAGAGUCCCGCCGGGCAGAACGGAACGCUGGUCGGACCUGCCGGCGCCAGAACGGGGCUGGUGGACGGGGCGGAACAAGAGAACGCGGAGAACGUGAUGGUCAACGGCACGAGGACAGGAAGGGUGAUGGGGGAGGGGCUAAACGGAGAGGAGGAGGAGCCAGCGGUGUCAGUGGACGUGUCUGCCGGCCAGGUGGAGAACGUUCUACAGGAGGCGACGGAGGAUGCGGCAGGAGUCGCCGGACGGCGGCAGAAGAUCAACGGCCACGGCGGCGGCAGGGCGGUCGUCCACGGCAACGGCGUCUGCCCGAACGGAACCGCGGACGCGUCGGACGGCGUCUCCAACGGCGUGGACUCCUCUCCCGGGGACGAGAGCCCUGCGGCCCUGAAACCGAGCGACUUGCACACUCACGCCGUGAACGGCACGCUCCCCGACGCUCCCACCCCGGAGGCCCAGGGGGCGCCAGAGAGCCAGGAGCCGACCUCACACACCCCUCCCCCCUCCUCCCACCGCACGCCCGCCCCCCUCAGGACUAUGAGCAACGGCGGAACCGGAGCGGGGUCGUCAGCGGAGCAGCCGGUCAGACCGGACCAUCAGCCGCCGCCGCCGCCAGAGUCGCUGGUCAAGCGCCUGUCCCUGCUGGAGAGCUCCACGGAGACGCUCACCGAGGAGGGGACCAAUCCCGUGCCGCGCCCAGACUCCCUGGCGCCCACCAGACCGGACGGUUCCGGCUCCGAGCCCGACGACGCCAACCCGGAGCUGGGCAUCGCGGGCACUACCCGUCGGCCCAGCAGUGGCACCCCCAGCGCCCAGCGCCCCUCUCUCAGUGCCUUGGCCCCUGUGCCACCCGCCCAGGACAACCCCGGGCACCACCACCACCACCACCACCUCCUCCACCUCCACCACCACCCCUGCAACGGCGAGAGCUGGGAGCCCGAGCCUGGCACCCCUCAGCAGUGGGCGCGGAGCAACGGCGAGCAGCGGGCACCCCUCAGCCGCCAGCUCUCGGCCGCCAGCUGCGGCUCCCAGACGCUCCAGUCCUCGCCCGCCGUCAUGCCAGCCUGCGUGCCCGCCGCGUGCCCCUACCUCCCCGCGCAGCAGCUGCCGCCCUCGCACCCCCUGCGCCGCGCCAGCUGCUCCCAGCACCGCUGCCCGCACGCCGGCCUCGCGCCCCGGCCCGCCGCCAGCCCGGAGGCGGGCCAGAGCCGCAGCCACCUGGACGAGGACGGCCUGGCGCUGCACACGGACGCCGUGCAGCAGCGGCUGCGGCAGAUCGAGGCCGGGCACCAGGCCGAGGUGGAGGCGCUCAAGCGCCAGGUGCAGGAGCUCUGGAGCCGCCUGGAGAGCCAGCAGGCCACCGGCGCACUACGCCUCAACGGGGACCUGGGGGACGAACUGACCUCAAUAGCGGACUCCGACUUCAACCUGGACCCAAACUGCCUGUCGCGUUGCAGCACCGAGUUCUUCUCAGAAGCCAGCUGGGAGCAGGUGGACAAGCAGGACACUGAGGUGACGCGGUGGUACCCGGACCACUUGGCGGCUCAGUGCUACGGCUGUGAGAGCAGGUUCUGGUUGGCUACCAGGAGACACCACUGCAGAACCAAACCACCUAUAGAAGAGGCCUGGAACUGUGGGAACGUGUUCUGCGGUAGCUGCUGUGACCAGAAGAUCCCGGUGCCGAGCCAGCAGCUGUUUGAGCCCAGCCGCGUGUGCAGGAGCUGCUUCACCAGCCUGCAGGCCGCCGCCACGCCCAAACAGAUGGAGCUGGAGCGCCCCAUCACCGCCAGCUCCAACUAGCCUCCACCCACAACCACCCACCCACCCACCCCUCAGCCCAGCCCCAGCCCCAGCCAUGGAAGCCUGUGCGGGGCAGCCUGGCUGCGCAGACCCCCUUACCCCCCCUCGUGGCCUUGGCGCUCGGCAGUGGAGGAGGAGGAAGAGGAGGAGGAGGAGUGGAGGAAGGAUGGCAGAAGGAGUCUGUUUUUGUUUAGUUUGUUUUCGUUCUUGUCUGUUUGUUUGUUUGUUUGUUUGUUUGUUUGUUUUGCACAGACAGUACAGUAGUGGUGCUCUGGACGGCUGGGGACUUUCCUGCUCCUGGGGGAAAGGGAAUUUAGAGGUGUGUGUGUGUGUGUGUGUGUGUGUGUGUGUGUGUGGUUGUGAACUUGUGUGCGCAUUUGUAUGUGGUGAGUGUGAGUGUGUUAUGUGUGCGCGUGUGUGUGUGAGAGAGAGAGAGAGAGAUACUGUAUGACUAUAUAGAGAUUAAUGAGGUGGGGAGGGGAGUGGAUUGGAGUGGUUUGGACAUGUUUGCUUGUCACCGAUGCCGAGCACUUUGGGUGGCCAGUGUGUGCAGGGACAUGGUAGCACCACACACACACACACACACACACACACACACACACACAGACACACUGGAGGAGUGUUGGUUAAAGCAGGAUAUAUUGGGAGUAAAGAUCAUUAACACACACUGUUCUAUCUGGGACCUGGCUCUGUUUUAGUACAGGGUGCUAACAUUCAUUAGAUUCUGAGACACUUUCAAAUGAGCUGACUUGCCUUUGGACUGAUUCACUGACUAACACCGUCUUUUUGAGCGUUUAAAUCAGACUGACUGGUUAUUGGAAGAUGGCACAACUGCUCUAUGGCAGUUUGACAUGGUUCCCUUUAUCUGGGACUAUGAUUGUGACUACAUGUUUUGUUUUGCUUUUGUCUGUCUGUGGGCUGUUUUACUCUUUACGUAACAUUACUGACUUGUACUGCGCUUGACUGACUCUCUGACUGACAGACAGAGACAGACAGACAGACUGGCGGUGUUUCAGAUGUUAUGACUGGCAGUAUAUUAGUAUUUGAGUUCGUAUAGUAAGUAUUCCAGUCCCAGUUACUGACUGACUGACUGACUUUGUGUGUGUGUGUGUGUGUGUGUGUGUGUGUGUGUGUGUGUGUGUGUGUGUGUGUGUGUGUGUGUGUGUGUGUGUGUGUGUGUGUGUGUGUGUGUGUGUGUGUGUGUGUGUGUGUGUGUGUGUGUGUGUGUGUGU